ACCUGAUCGCCGGCGGUGGCGGCGGCGUCUAACUCCGGCUCCGGUGCUGACGGGGAAAGGGGGAGCCGUGGGCGGCAGCCGCACAGCCGGGCCUCGCCUCGCCUCGCCUCGCCUCACAGGCCGACCGAUCCCCGGAGAUGCUGCCUGACCUGCUGAGUUCCUCCAGCACUUUGUGUUUUGAUCCAGAACCCAGCAUCUGCAGUCUAAUGAUUACUGACAGGCGGUGGCAAGGGGUAGCGACUAAUUGACUUCCAUUGGUCUUUAUCCGCUGGAGGCACAGAAAACCGGAACAGCAGAGCCUCUGGAGUAGUGUUAAUGAAGCGACGAUUGAUAUUAUGGCCGCCCUGCGAUGGAUUUAGAAAAUGGAGUAGCAGAUUUUACUGACCGGAUUCAAUAGAAAUGGCUGCAAUCGAGAACCCAAUCACUGAAACUGAACCACCUGAAGGUGGAAACGAGAAUAAUUCUUCUUUUGCCGAAAUUCCAUAUAUCAAGGUGGAGCCGCAUGCUGAAAGUUUUACAGAUGUGGGUCCUUCCCACAAUGUUGCUAUGGGCAUGAAAUUUGUUCUGCCCAAUAGAUUUGAUAUGAAUGUUUGCUCUCGAUUUGUGAAGUCUCUGAAUGAGGAAGAAAGUAAAAACAUUCAGGAUCAGGUGAAUUCUGAUCUGGAAGUGGCCUCUGUGUUAUUUAAAGCUGAGUGCAAUAUCCAAACUUCUCCUGGAAUUCAAGUAAGGCAUGUCGUCACGCCCUCAGUAACCAAGCAUUUCUCACCCAUUAAACAAUCAACAACCUUGACUAACAAACAUCGUGGAAAUGAAAUCUCUGCAGCACCCUUACUCUUGCACUCUUUGUCUGUACAUCAGCUGGCAGCACAAGGGGAGUUACUUUAUUUGGCGAGCCGUAUGGAGCAAGACAAUCUCCUAAACAUGCAAGAUGAGCAAGGCUUUACUCCACUCAUGUGGGCUGCAGCACAUGGACAAAUUGCAGUGGUGGAGUUUCUGCUACAGAAUGGAGGUGAUCCGCAUCUUUUAGCAAAUGGGAGGGAGAGUGCACUAUCACUGGCCAGCAGUAAAGGCUACUCAAAUAUUGUUAACAUGCUGCUUGACUAUGGAUGUGAUGUGAAUGAAUAUGACUGGAAUGGGGGCACUCCUUUGCUUUAUGCAGUGCACGGAAAUCAUGUGAAAUGUGUGGAGAUGCUAUUGGAAUAUGGUGCUGAUCCGACUGUUGAAACAGAUUCGGGAUUUAAUGCUAUGGAUAUGGCUGUAGGGCUUAGUUUCAAGAAUGUUCAACAGGUUAUAGAGGCUCAUUUGCUGAAGUUGCUAUUGAACAUUAGGGAAUGAAUAUAUGGCACAUUUAGCAAUCACAGAAGAACAAAUCAUCUACUCGACGGUCUGGCUUUGCUGAGGAAAUGUUCCAAAAUGUUUGUGUUUGACAGUAAACCAGUCAGUCUACCAAUGUUUACCAUUUGUACAUGGUUGAAGAAAGAAAAAAAUAUUCCUGCUUCAGCUUUGCCUACGAUGAAGAUAAGACUGGUGAAUGUGAUUAAAGACUUACUUUAUAAUUUAUUGGGUGGUGUAUUAUACCAUUAUCACUGAAUUGGGCACUAAUGUACCCAAUGCUAUAAAGGGAUACUGUUUGCUGAAAUACUGUAAGAUUGUACCAAGAUUACUUGUGUGCAAAAUAGAGGGAAUAAACUUUCUAUAGAAGAAGAUUCUGUUAAA